AUGCUGGCAAUACAUCAUACAACGACGACGGUUCCAAUUCCUCGGAUUCUAUAUAGAGACGAUCUAGAGGUCCUACCUCGGCUUAUGGCGGCAGAAAACAAAAAGAAUAAUGGGAAGAAAAUGAGUCGUAUUAAAUUUUUUAAGGUUGCAUAUUCAAAGAAAGAUGGUCGACUAGUUAAUGAUGUUGUUGCACAAGCCUUGUCAGACAUGGAUGAACUUCCAUCACAAAUGUCAGAUGAAGUUUUCACUCAAGUCAUGGGACCAGAGCGACCAGGAUGUGUUAGAACAUAUGGUUUUGGACCAUCUCCGAGAUAUGUGUUUGGACGUAAAAAAUCAGAAGAGAUGCAAGCAAUGCAGUCCCAACUAGAUGAGGAAUUGAGUAGACAUAAGGCAGAGCGUUAG